AUGGCAGGCGCCCAGGCUCUACCCUCCAGCCUGACCGACCCAACGAUCCAUGUGACUGCGCACAACGCCGAAGGCAAAGCCAUCGUCCAUUCUUCUCACAAAAACGACUGGUCCUGGUAUCGCAACAACAGCGUCGGGUUCAACGUCGUCUACACCAACACGUUCCCUGCCGACCUCAACAACCUUGCCGAUGUCAAGGCACACGAAGCGAUCACGGCAAAAGGCACGCUGGGCCUCGUCAACCCCAACGGUACGGUCUGUCGGAUUGUUGACUUUGGACCGACGAGCACUGGCAGCACGCCACUGAUGCACCGCACGCAGAGCUUGGACUUUGGUAUUGUCUUGGAGGGGGAAAUCGACAUGGAGCUCGACGAUGGGAGCGUGACGCGGCUGCAGAAGGGGGACAUUGCGAUACAGAGGGGGACGAUGCAUGCUUGGAGGAACCCGAGUGAGCAGAAGUGGACGAGGAUGUUGUUUGUUUUGCAGGAUUGUCAGCCUAUGGAGGUCGGUGGAGAGAGGCUGAAGGAGGAUUUGGGGAGCUCGGAGGACAUUCCUCGGAGCGGAAAUGAUCAGAAUUGA